AUGUUUGCCGCCCGGCGAGCUCUGGCUUAUCCCUCCUUUUCAGCUCGGCUUUUCUCAGUAUCUCAUACUAUAUUUGCAACUACUCCGAAAGUUACAUACCCCAAGUCCCAACCAAUCGCUCCAAAGACUACUGCGAGGGCCGCUACCAGCAAAGCGGGGCAGGGGAACCCAGACAUAGUUGAGGCAUAUCCGACAACUGCCAAUGAGGUUGAUGUCAAACAAUUGACUGAGGGAGAGGAAACCGGUGAACUUCCCGAUGUACCGCCAGGCUCUUUGCCAAUGGAUUGGUAUACGAGUUACCAUGGACUAUCUUCGCAGCCAUUCCCUAAAGAGGCUGCGGAAAUUCUCAUGGCUCCGAUAGAUCCACUAGACGUUGAGGUUAAACCAGAUGGGCUCCUCUAUCUGCCCGAAAUCAAGUACCGUAGAAUAUUGAACAGGGCAUUUGGCCCUGGAGGCUGGGGGCUUGCUCCUCGGUCUGGAAUCAACGUCAGUCCCAAGGUUGUUAGCAGGGAGUAUGCGCUUGUGUGUCUUGGGCGUCUUGUGAGUAUUGCUCGAGGAGAACAAGAAUACUUUGAUCAAGAAGGCAUCGCAACUGCUACUGAAGCAGCAAAGAGUAAUGCUCUCAUGCGAUGCUGCAAGGAUUUGGGAAUCGCAAGUGAACUCUGGGAUCCUCGGUUUAUCCGAGAGUUCAAGGCCAAAUACUGCGUCGAGGCCUUUGUCGAGCAUAUUCCUAGCAAAAAAGUGCAAAAGCGUUGGAGGCGCAAGGAUGCCAAGUUUGACUACCCCUACAAGGAGUCUACACGUGCAUAG